ACGGAGAGUCACACCAUGCUCAACACAAAGUGGCUUCCUCUUUAAUAGCACAUUCAUACAGCAACGCUGCAACAGUUUCUUUUUCCCCCCAAGCAGGAUGUGGUGAGGAACUUUAACUUUGCAAAGAGACCCAUCCAUUUUGGAUUAAAUAUUUUAAGCAUUAAAAAGGGACUAAAAUUGUUUUGGAGUAUCAGUAUCUUCUUGUCCUUUUUUUUGCUUUUUUUUUUUUUUUUCAAGUUGCUUUGUUUUGAUUGCGUGAGGCCAGUCCGUUUAGCUUAUUGGGAGCAGCUCGGCUUCUUUUUCUUUUCUUUUUUUGUGCCUGCAAGAUAGGAAAUGCCUACUGUCAGUAGGUAUAUGUCUUUUCGAACAUCAAAGAGAUUUAAAAUUACCAGUACCUACCCAGUGGAGAGUGGUGGUGGUGGUGGUGGCGGGCUGCCAGCCAAAGUGAAGAAAAGCAGGAGCAGCUCAAGCAGCAGUAGCUUCAAGAAGGUGGAGGCUCGGAAGGCAUUGAGCCUUGAGGCGGCCCAGCUGGAAAUCCAACAACAGCACAAAACUCUGACCAGGCAAGUCGCUGUCAGGUCUCUGACACUCGAUGCUGACAGCAAGGGUUUUGAGAGGACGGAUGGCACCGGCACACAAAGUAGUUUCAUAAAGCACAACAAGACAUUCCACAAGUUGUUUCCAGACAUUCCUGAGACUGAAAACUUGAUACAUGCAUACAUCUGUGCCCUGCAGAAAGAAGUUCCCUAUCAUGGUCGACUCUACAUCACAGACACCAAUGCCUGUUUCUAUUCCUCAGUUUUGCUCAAGGACACAAAGGUAGUGAUCCCAAUUUCCUACAUCCACAUAGUGAAAAAGCAGAACACUGCUUUGCUGGUACCAAACGCCUUGUCGAUUCGCACCACAGAAGGAGAGAAGUUUCUGUUUGUGUCACUGCGGAAUAGAGAGUCCUGUUAUCAGCUGCUGCGUUCGCUCUGUCCUCAGUUAGAGGAUGGCAGUACAAACAGCAGCCCUGUCUUCUCCUCUGCAGAAAACAGCUUUGAUAAGGGCAAACUGGGUCACUCCAGCCAGUCCAGUCUGGAUGAAAGCGUCGACCAGUUCGACGGUGCUGAGUGUGAGUCUUUACCAGACCAGCCGCUGCAGACACCACAGCAAGACACAGUGCCUAAUGGAAAUGGCUCCACUGUCAGGAGACUGCACAUGCAGGAGAGUGAGAGCUCAUCUUCAGAGGAGCUGUCUGUGUCAGGUGGAUCGUGGGUUUGGAAUGUGACUGAAAAAGCCAAAUCCCUGCUGGUUCAGAGAGAGGCCAGCACACUCAACACUUUACUCUUUAUUUACUUGAUUUUGGUUGUGCUGCUGCUGCUGUCUUCCAGCUACAUCGGCCUGCGUAUCGUGGCUCUGGAGGAACAGCUGACGUCCCUGGGUGCACUGCCCGAGUUCACUUUGCAGAGCGGGUAUCGCCAAGACACAUAACACUCGCUGACAGACGGAGAGAUUGGUUGACUCAUGACUGGAAAAACAUUUGGGCCUCUUCCCUGCAGAACCGAGCCGGUCUGUGAUUUCAGACUCCGCUCCCUUUAACGGUAGAGGAAGAGUGGCCACCAUGUGCAAUUUCAGAGACCACUUGUUUACUUGAAGGGCUAUACUUCCUCUCAGUGCAGUAAACAAAAGGACAUGCAAUGACUUCAGUUGCAGAGAGCUAAGCCAAAAUGUAUGCACACACUGCCUGGUUGCAGCGUGUCUCUUGUCCAAACCAAAGCCCGAUCCAGAUGGCUCGAAUACAUCAAGGUGCCACACAAAAGCCAAGUAGACAGCUCCUUCCCUGGCCGAAAGCAUUCCACAUCUGUGAAGCUCCUCUCCUUCGUCCUCUCCUCUCUGAACAGGGCUAUAGCAAUCAGUAUUAGCCUGCUGUAAUGCAUAUUAUUGCACCUCCACACCAGAGACUAACGAGUGCUAUGCAUAGCCAAAGAUGCACGCUGUGCACUUCUCUUGCAUGAGUACACAGACAACUUUUCCUGUCUAUCAGAUGUGUGCGUUCAAAUCUGUCUCUGUCUUCAAACAUUGGGUACUUUUCUUCCAGCGGUUCUUUACCUUUCUAAUCAACUGUGGGUGGAAAUGAUGAUGGCUGAAAUCGCCAAUUCAGAUCAGCCCACAGAGGCUUGAUACUUUCCUGACGGUCUUUAGCCUUUCUCUCUUUCUUCAAUCAGCAAUGAUUGCAGUAUUAUUUACCUCGUCUUUGGCGUGAUUUAAACGUGUUUAAUGAUCAAUGCUCAGAGGUCGUUUCCCCUCCGCCGUCGACUGGAGGAAUGCAUCAUCAAUGCACAAAUGCUUAGUACAUUAGGACACAAAGAUCUUGUCUCAGAGAAGCGGACUUUUUUUUUGUGUACGGAUUGUCUGUCACUUUGGUCUGGAGGCAUAGAUUUAAAGUCUUUCUGGUGGUGAUAUCUUGUUGAUGUACUGUCUGCCAGGAUAGUUAUGUUAAAGAAAAAUCCUCUCUGUAACAGGCCUCAUUAGGGCCAAGUGGCAUUUGUAGACUUUCUUUUGUUCUUUUUUUUUUCAGGUUAUUUAAAGUAGCACCAAUAAUGUAUUUCUGAUGUCAAUGUAUGUGUUUUCAAAAAUCAUGACUUGACUAAUGUAAAUUAAUUCUCACUCUUCUCACUUGAAGAGGAGAAUUUAGAACCACACGAGCUGCAUCGACCAGUUCUUUAAUGGUGAAACAAGUGGUCCCCAACAGAAUAUUUCAAUAUGCAACAAAUUAUUAUGCAUGGCAAAAUGUAAUUUAACUAUGUGUGCAGUUUUGGAGCUUGGUGUUUUGCAGAAAGAAAAUUUGUUCAGAAAAUGUGGGUGAAAGAGACGGCUCAAUCGAGCAAGAGCACUUUAAAAAAAAAAAAAAUGUGUUGUGCCUGUCACAAUCUAAGACGCCAAGUUUCAUUUCCGAAGAAGUGGGACAGUGUCUGUGGUAUCUGAUGGUGCUAAGGCCUUUUUUGAAGAAAAAUAAAAAUCACUCAGGGGUGGUCGGCACUACCUGCCUGCCUGGA